AUAGACCCCCAUAGUGGGUGGUAAUGGUUCCGGUUUGGAUAGACCCCCAUAGUGGUUGGUGAUAAUCCGGUUUGGACGGUCCCCAUAGGUGUUGGUGAUGGUUCCGGUUUGGACAGAUCUCACUGUGGGUGGUGACGGUGAUGGGUCGGUCGGCUCCGGCUGUAACUUGGUUUGUUGGGUGUAGAAUGUUACUUUGUGUUUACAGUACACAGACGGGGGAGGGGGAGGUUCUGUGUAGAGUGUAUCAUUGUCUGUCAGUCGGUGGGACUUCACUCAGACAUGGUUGUGUCGGCACUGUAUGAUGCUCACAUGCUCGCUGCUGAACAUUUGCUGCCGUCCAUCAUCCCCAAUAACACGACGCGGGAGCAAUGCCCCGGGGUGAACAAUAAGCCCUACGUGUGUGAGAGCGGGCACUGCUGCGGGGAGACUGGCUGCUGCACCUACUACUACGAGCUGUGGUGGUUUUGGCUCCUCUGGACGGUUCUCAUUCUCCUCAGUUGUUGCUGUGCCUAUCGCCAUCGCCGCGCCAAACUGCGCCUGCAGCACCAACAAAGACAGCGCGAGAUAAACCUUAUCGCCUACCAUCGUGCCUGCCAUUACCCGCCGUCCAUGCUUGAUCUGAGGGCGCUAUCAUCAUUCAAACUUCCGGCCUACGAGGAAGUGGCGUACCGACCCACCACCCCUCCUCCUCCAUACAGCUCCAUCCUCACCCAGCUGGGUCUGCCCUCCUCCUCCUCAUCAUCGCCUCCUCCACCCCCACCCUCCGACCCACCCCCGUCCCUCACCCCCAGCUCCGAGCACACCAGCAGCUGCUCCUGCACCUCUGGCUGUAUGCUGUCCGGCAGCAGCUCCUUCACCCUCCAAGUGACUGACGAGACGGGGACCAGCCCGGGCAGCUCGGCCAGCGAAGGCGGGAGCUGGGAGGCCAGUCCUGAGGAGGAGGAACUGGGGGAGGGGGCUUGUGGCAGGGAGCGUGGCCUUCACAAGCAGACGGCCUUCUCCUCCUAUGUGGAUUUCUUCGACAGUCACCACUGCUGGGAUAUCGAAGAGGUGGAUGAGGAGGAUGAAGAAGAACAUUACAGACAGAGGAGGCUGACCGGGGACUCAGGAAUAGAAGUUUGCCUCUGCCAGGUGACCAGGGAGGAGGCGGACGGAGAAGAUACCAGGCAAAUCCACGAUAACCCGGACUGUGCCCAGAGGAGCCAAUCGCAAGAGCAGACCGCAGAGAAAGCAGAGUCAGAUUCCCUGGUCCAGGCAGUGUGACUAUAGGAGGGAGAUGGUAUUGGAGCCUGGGGGGUUCGUGUGAAGAGAGAGGGCAACUGGGCCCAUCUUCCUAUCAAUCCAUCUUGGGAGGGAGGGCAACCCCACUAGUCCAUCUCAAGAGAGGGGGCAGCUAGCUGGACCACCUGGGUCCCUAACUCCAUAUCAGAAGGACCAUUGGGCAAUUGGGGGCCUUCAACCCUAACAGUCCAUCUCAGGAGAGGGGGGCAGCUGGACCACCUGGGCCCCACCUUCAUAUCAGGAGAGGGACCAUUGGGAAAAUUGGGCCUUCAAUCCCAACAGUCCAUCUCAGGAGAGGGGGGCAGCUAGCUGGACCACCUGGGUCCCUAACUCCAUAUCAGAAGGACCAUUGGGCAAUUGGGGGCCUUCAACCCUAACAGUCCAUCUCAGGAGAGGGGGGCAGCUGGACCACCUGGGCCCCACCUUCAUAUCAGGAGAGGGACCAUUGGGUUAAUUGGGCCUUCAACCCCAACAGUCCAUCUCAGGGGAGGGGGCAGCUGGAUACUCCCAUCAGUUUAUUGCAGGAGAGGGGCCAAUGGGCAACAUAAAUCCUCAUUCCUACAAGACCAUCUCAAUAGUUGGAGCCAUGGGGCAACAUGUGUUCACAAUUCAGUCCACCUUAGAAGACUGGGCAAACGGGCCUUUCUCCCUAAUAAUCUCAGGGGUGAGGGCAACUUUACAACCUGGGCCCUCAACCCCACCAGUCCUUCUCGGGAGAGGGGAAAGCUGGGCCCCUAUCUCCAUAGAAAAAGGUAUCAUUGGGCAAUUUGGGCCUUCAACCCCAACAGUCUAUCUCAGGAGAGGGGGCAGCUGGGCAACAUAAGCCCCCAAUCCUAGAAGUCCAUCUCAGUAGUUGGAACCAUUGGGCAACAUGAGUUCUCAAUUCUAACAGUCCACCUUAGAAGAAAGGGCAACUGGGGCCUAUCUCCCUAUUAAUCCAUCUUAGGGGAGACGUUCACUCAACAAACUGGGCUCACAGCCCCACUAGUCCAUCUCAGUAGAGGGGGCAGCUGGGCCCCUGACUCCUAUGUCAGGAGAGGGACUAAUGGGCUAUCUGAGCCCUCAACGCCAUCGGUCCAUCUCAAGAGAGGAGACAGAACACUUAGACUUCAUGGGCCCUCAAACCCUACAAGUCCAGUUCAGGAAUGGUGGUCAUUGGGCAACAUGGGCUCCCAACCCUACCAGUCUAUUCCAGGAGAGGGGGGAACUGGACCACUUGGCCACUGACUCCAUGUCCGGGAAGGGACCUUUGGGAAAUCUGAGCCCUCAACCCCCAAUAGGCCAUCUAAGCAGAUGGGGGGGACGGGCACUUGGACUGAUUGUAGGAGGUAGGUCUGUGAAUUAGCCCAGCUACUACCCUGUUUUAGGGGGUUGAUUGUAUGAGAUACAGGUGGGCAUUUGCUCCAGCUACCCUCUGGAAUUAGGAAACUGAUUGAGAUAGGGAAGGGCCUCUGAAUUGCCCCAGCUACCCUCUGGAAUUAGGAAACUGAUAGGGAAGGGCCUCUGAAUUGCCCCAGCUACCUUCUGGAAUUAGGAAACUGAGGGUUUGAGAUAGGGAAGGGCCUUUGAUUUGCCCCAGCUACCUUCUGGAAUUAGGAAACUGAGGGUUUGAGAUAGGGAAGGGCCUCUGAAUUUCCCCAGCUACCCUGUGGAAUUAGGAAAUUUUGACAUAGGGAAGGGCCUCUGAAUUGCCCCAGCUACCCUCUGGAUUUAGGAAACUUUGACAUAGGGAAGGGCCUCCGAUUUGCCCCAGCUACCCUCUGGAAUUAGGAAACUUUGAGAUAGGGAAGGGCCUCCGAAUUGCCCCUGCUACCCUCUGGAAUUAGGAAACUUUGACAUAAGGAAGGGCCUCUGAAUUGCCCCAGCUACCCUCUGGAAUUAGGAAACUUUGAGAUAGAGAAGGGCCUUUGAUUUGCCCCAGCUACCCUGUGGAAUUAGGAAACUUUGAGAUAGGGAAGGGCCUCCGAUUUGCCCCAGAUACUCUGUGGAAUUAGGAAACUUUGAGAUAGGGAAGGGCCUCCGAUUUGCCCCAGCUACCCUGUGGAAUUAGGAAACUUUAAUAUAGGGAAGGGCCUCCGAUUUGCCCCAGCUACACUCUGGAAUUAGGAAACUUUGAGAUAGGGAAGGGCCUCCGAAUUGCCCCAGCUACUUAUUCAUGAAGGAAUCUGAUUGUAUGGGGUAUAGGGAGGCCGUUGAAUUGUAUGAUUUCUAGCAUUAGGGGGGUUGAGGGAGGCCCAUUAUUUGCCCCCAGCUACCCCCUGGAAAUAGGAAACUAAUUUUAUGAAAUAGCAGGGAGGCCUGCGAAUUGCCCGAUCCCCGUUGUAGGUGGGCGAGUUUAUUAAAAGUGUCCAGGAGGAAAACUAAACUUUUGACGAUGGAAGGUCUCAGUUGGCUGCCCCCCCCCUCGAUUCCUCUCCUUCUAUUGUGAUGUCACCAGCAGCCAGGUAAUCAUGUGACUGUAUACUGACCCCGCCCUCUCCCGAAACGCAGUCGCGAGGACUGAAAUUCCAGAAUGUAUUACCACAAGUCGCCGACUCUGCCAUGUAUAUGAACUGUCUCUCUGCAAAAAGUGGAAUGUGGUCGUAGACGGAACCCGUUCCCUUUACCAGCUGGGAGAAUAUAUUCCACGGAGCGCGGGAUGACACCAAAUAAAAGCCUGUUUACAAUGA